AUGGGGGCGCCCUCCUCCUUCCUCUGCGCCCUCCUCCUCCUCGCCGCCUUCGCCUGCCACUUCAAUGGUGAUCUCAUCGCGCCCAGGUCGCACGGGCGGCGGCAUCACUCCCGCAACCACGGCCACGACCACGACCACGUCAACGGCCUGGGCGUCAACUACGGCACCAUCGGCGAUAACCUCCCCACGGCGGCGCAUUCCGUCAAACUCCUCCGCUCGGUGAAGGCGGGCGCCGUCAAGAUCUACGACGCCAACCAGGACAUCCUCCACGCGCUGGCCGGCACGGGCAUCCCGGUCUCCGUCAUGGUGCCCAACGAGAUCAUCCCCAAAAUCGCCGCGUCCCGCCGGAACGCGCGCAGGUGGGUGGCCAAGAACCUCUCUCGGCACCCCCGGGUCAAGAUCAUAUACCUCCUCGUCGGCAACGAGCUUCUCUCCAACCAGGCCAUCGCGGGAUCCACGUGGGGCAAGAUCGUCCCCGCGAUGAAGAACCUCCGCCGCGCCCUCCACUCCUACAAGCUCGGCCACGUCAAGCUCGGCACCCCGCUCGCCAUGAGCGCACUGUCGGCGUCCUUCCCGCCGUCCGCCGGCGAGUUCCGCGAGGACAUCGCCGAAUCCGUCAUGAAGCCACUGCUCCAGUUCCUCAGCGACACCCGCUCCUACUUCUUCAUCGACGUGUACCCGUACUUCGCGUGGGUGGGCAACCAGAAGGACAUCCUGCUCGACUACGCGCUCUUCCAGAGCCACACCACCGACAACGUCGUCGAUCCGGGCUCAAAGCUCAUCUACACCAACCUGCUCGACCAAAUGCUCGACGCCACCAUCGCCGCCAUGGCCAAGCUCGGAUACCCCGACGUGCCGCUGGCCAUCUCAGAGACCGGCUGGCCCAGCGGAGGAGGUGACGGCGCCAAUGUAGUCAACGCCGAAACCUACAACCGGCACCUCGCCACGCGGAUGUCCCAUACACCCGGCACGCCAGCGCGCCCGGAUACCUCGAUGCCCGUGUUCGUCUUCUCCCUGUACAACGAGGACCUGAAGCCCGGGGCGGGCACGGAACGGCACUGGGGGAUGUUCUACCCGAACGGGUCCUCGGUGUACGACGUCGACCUCACCGGCAAGCACUAUUACGCGCCGCCGCCGCCGGGCCCUGAGCCGGUGCCUCCCGCCAAGGGCAAGUGGUGCGUGCUAGCGACCACCAAGCCAGUGAACGAGACGGCGGUUGAGGCCGGCUUGAACUACGCGUGCGGCCAGGGCGGUGCGGCCACAUGCGCCGCCAUUCAGCCUGGCGGUACGUGCUUCGAGCCCAACACCCUCGAUGCGCACGCGAGCUACGCGUUCAAUGCGUAUUGGCAACAGUUCAAGAAGACUGGAGCAACGUGCUCGUUCAAUGGCCUUGCAGAGACGACUACAAAUGAUCCGAGCCAUGGAUCAUGCAAGUUCCCCACCUCUUCGGACGAGACUGUCAAGGGUGAGUGGUGCGUGCUAGAGAUUGGCAGCGGUAACGCGGUGAACGAGACGGCGGUGGAGGCCGGCAUGAACUAUGCGUGCGGCAAGGCCACGUGUGCCGCCAUCCAGCCCGGCGGUGCGUGCUACGAGCCCAACACCCUCGACUCGCACGCGAGCUAUGCGUUCAAUUCCUAUUGGCAGCAGUUCAAGAAUACUGGAGCCACCUGCUCGUUCAAUGGCCUCGCGGUGAAGACCACCAAAGAUCCAAGCUAUGGAUCGUGCACGUACCCCAGCACUCCGAGCUAG